AUGACAGGUACAAUUUCCACCAAAGAGAGCCAUGUGGAUGUUCUUAUCGUCGGUGCUGGCCCGGCUGGCCUCAUGCUAGCCAACUGGCUAAGUCGCUGCGGAGUCAAGACACGUAUCGUGGAUAAACGUGGCACAAAGGUAUACAACGGCCAGGCAGACGGUCUACAAUGCCGCACCUUGGAGAUCUUCGACUCCUUCGGGAUGGCCCAGCGCGCCUGGACUGAAGCGAACCACAUGCUAGAGAUCUGUCUCUGGAACCCCGACGAGAAUGGCAAGCUUCAGCGAUCCGAUCGCAUUCCCGACACCAUUCCUGGAAUCAGUCGUUUCCAACAGGUCGUGCUUCACCAGGGUCGCAUUGAGCAGUUCUUCCUCGAUUCGAUCAAGGCACACAGUGACAUCCGCGUUGAGCGCGGUGUUCUGCCCACAUCCUUCGAAUUCAACGAGGCCAAGGCCGCCGAUUUUGAGGACUACCCGAUCAGUGUUAUGCUCCGCACCUUGUCCGAGGAAGACGCCACCCCCCAACAACGGCAGCAGCACCAGAAACUGGCCGACGGUCAGCAGAAGGUAGUCGACGACGGACUGUUUCGGAGCAACUUGGUCGCCGAUGAUACCGACGACCUCAUUCGGGCGGCAGAGGCCUCCAGUCGGAACGCCAAUGAAGUGGAGCUUGUCAAGGCAAAAUUCAUGGUUGGUUGCGACGGCGCUCACUCUUGGGUGCGCCGCCAGGCAGGCUUUAGCCUGGAAGGAGACUCAACGGAUUAUAUCUGGGGUGUGCUCGACAUUAUCCCCAUCACGGACUUCCCUGAUAUUCGCCACCGAUGCGCGAUCCACUCUGCAAAUGAUGGCAGCGUGAUGGUUAUCCCCCGUGAGAAUAAGCUUGUGCGACUGUACAUCCAGCUCCAGACGACAAAUUAUCAGAAGAACGGCGCCAAAGCUGACCGCUCCUGGAUUACCCCGGAGAUCAUCUUGAAAUCCGCCCAGCGCAUCUUGCACCCAUAUAAGCUCGAUUACGCAUACUGCGACUGGUGGACGGCGUAUCAGAUCGGCCAGCGCGUAGGUAACCACUUCUCGCUGCAUGAUCGUGUCUUCCUGGCUGGCGAUGCUGUUCACACCCACUCUCCCAAGGCUGGACAGGGUAUGAACGUUAGUAUGCAAGAUACAUAUAACUUGGGAUGGAAGCUCGCACAUGUGAUCAACGGCAUCAGUGACCCAUCAAUUCUGAAAACCUACGAAUCUGAGAGAAAGACGAUUGCACAGCAGCUGAUCGCAUUUGAUCAGCGCUUCUCAAGACUUUUCUCCGGACGCCCGGCCAAGGAUGUCAUGGAUGAGGAGGGAGUCAGCAUGGAAGAGUUCAAGAGGGCAUUCGAAAAGGGAAACGAGUUUGCGAGCGGAACCGCUGUCAACUAUGAUGCAAGUGUUCUUGUUGCAAAGGAAAAGAGUGCCACAGAAGGAACCAACGGCACGCAGCAGAUCGUCAGAAAGCCACAGCUGGCUACCAAGCUCGACGUCGGCAAACGCAUUCCCAGCUUCAAGGUCUUGAACCACGCCGAUGCACGUCCAUGGCAUCUGCAAGAAUUACUGAAGAGUAACGGACGCUGGAGAGUGAUCGUUUUCCCCGGAACACUCACCGAGUCCAGCAAUAUGCAGCGCUUCGAAAAUCUAGGUGCAGCUUUGGACGCGCCUGACUCGUUCAUUCGCCAAUUCACACCACCUGGCAAGCCUAUUGACAGUGUGAUCGAGGUUCUGACUGUUCACUCCGGUCACCGAAGAGACAUCGAGCUGCUCGAUCUUCCGGAGGCAUUCCAUCCCAACCACGGUCACGAGGGAUGGGACUAUUGGAAGGUGUUUGUCGACGAGGACUCCUACCAUGAAGGCCAUGGACAUGCUUAUGAUAACUAUGGCAUUGACCCAAGCCGUGGUGCCAGUGUCAUCGUUCGUCCUGAUCAGUAUAUCAGCUGGAUAGGAGAGGUGGAUGACUAUGAGCAGAUGUCACAGUUCUUUGCUGGAUUUAUGAAACAGCAGGUGGCUGGAAAAACAACUCAGGGCCUAUGA